GGCGGGGCCUGCCCCACAUCGGGUCACAUGAUGCGGCGCACAGCCUGCCAAUAUGGCGGUGUGCAUCGCGGUGAUCGCCAAGGAGAAUUACCCUCUGUACAUCCGAAGCACUCCGACAGAGAGUGAGCUCAAGUUCCACUACAUGGUGCACACGUCUCUGGAUGUGGUAGACGAGAAGAUCUCUGCCAUGGGGAAAGCACUGGUGGAUCAGAGGGAGCUGUACCUGGGCCUGCUCUACCCCACCGAGGACUACAAGGUAUAUGGGUAUGUGACCAAUUCCAAGGUGAAAUUUGUCAUGGUCGUGGAUUCCUCCAAUACAGCCCUUCGGGACAACGAGAUCCGCAGUAUGUUCCGGAAGCUGCAUAAUUCGUACACAGAUGUGAUGUGCAACCCCUUCUACAACCCGGGAGACCGCAUCCAGUCAAGGGCCUUUGAUACCAUGGUAACUUCGAUGAUGAUCCAGGUGUGCUGAGCGGGACCUCUGUCUGCCUCAGUCAUUCAGAAGAGAAGUCUGCGUUCACCCCUGUUGGAUGAUACUUAUUUAUUCCCUUUCUGCUCCCUGAGUGUACCCUGUGGGCAGGGCCGUGUACCCUGUGCUUUUCUACUAAAGGCCUCACAAGAUGAGA